AUGCCCGGCCGCCACUCCUUCCUGUCCCACCACUCCCACCCCACCCACCACUACUUCCCAGCCGCCCCCACCGCUGGGUGCGCCGACCACCUCAAGAUCCACCGCAUGCGCCGUGCUCUCGACUCAUCCGACAUCGACCUCAUCCUCGAAAAUGCCCUAGCCGUCCACUAUGCCGUGCAAAACUGCAGCCACGAUGUCUUGAAGGCCCUGCUUGAGUUCGGAGCAACCGACGUCAACUGCCUGGUGGGGCCUGUCGGGAAUACACCCCUGCACAUUGUAGCGGAGAUGGUGAAUCCCGACAUUGAUGGUGUAUCCCCCUUCGACAUCCUCCGCAACCUGACCUCUGACUUCCUCUUCAAGGAAGCAGUCCCGGGGUUGUCCCAUAUUGAGCCCAACAAGCUCAGGCAGUGCCUUAAACUAGUCCAGUCAGCUGUGAUGGUUUUAUCCCGAGAACAGGAGGUGGCUGCUGCUGCCACCACCGCCUCCACUACAGGAGGCCGUGCUCGCGGUGGAAGCAAUCUUAACAUAGCCCUCUACCAGUAA